GUCAACACUGAUCGAAAACUCCACUUCCCCUUUACGAACUGUGAUGAUAUUGAGGAUGGUCGUCGGGUGCUGCUGGAUGACACCGAACUGCCCUUCCCUUGGCUCUAUGGAAAAUUCCUAGAGGGUGACUUUUUGGUCAUCAAGAUGGGCGGGAAGGUAGUGCUGCGAUAUUCUCCUCGCAGUCGUCAUCUGAUCCAUUACCUAACGGAUGCCAGUGCCUACAGCCAUCGGACCAAUCGCAGCGUCAUAGUCUCCUUGCUGGUUGAUCGACAGCUCAUCAAUCAGCCAACCGAAGUCCUGGUGGAAUCCCAGUCGACAGUUGUAGCCCAACCAGUCGGCAGACGGUUCAACAGUCCUGACGGAGAGUCCGGUUAUUUCGUCGAGGAGCCUGUGAGAGGUCGUCCAAAGUGGCCGGGCUACUUCAAC